AUGCCCUUUUGUGUUCAAGAACUCCCUCAAGAACUCAUCUUGGAAAUUCUGUCAUGGCUUCCGGUGAAGGAUCUCAUGCGAUUCAGUUAUUUUGACAAAGAUGGUUUUACCGAAUACUGGGUCCGGUUUUGGAACCCCGCCACGAGAAUCAUGUCCGAAGAUUCGCCACACAUAGUUCUUUUUGAUUAUGAAUAUCUAAAUGUACGUUCUUAUCUGAAAUUUGGAUUUGGGUUUGAUGAUUUGAGUGACACUUAUAAGGUGGUGAUGUUCCAUUUGAAUGUUCAGUCUAUUAAAACUGAGACGAGAGUUCUCACCUUGGGUGAUUCUAGUUGGAAGAAGACUUUAAAUUGCCCCCUUUUUCCCAUGCCAGGUAAACUUGUUGGACAGUUAGUAAGUGGCAAUCUUAAUUGGUUAGCACUUAGCAACACCUUUAAUGGACCUUAUGUCUAUGAAUGGGAUGGUGUUACUAUUGAUGACUUAGUAAUACUUUCUUAUGAUCUAAAGAAUGAUACGUACAGAUCUUUGUUGAUGCCUCAUGGUCUUGUUGAAGUCCUUGCUCGUGAGCCUUAUCUUGGGGUUUUGAAAGGAUGUUUGUGUCUUUUUCUUGAUUGCUAUGAGGAUACCCAUUUUGUUGUUUGGCUAAUGAGGGAGUUUGGAAUUGAAAAUUCUUGGACUAAGAUUCUUGAUGUUAGUUACGACGAACUAAUUAGAAUCGGACUUAAAUUCAUGCCUUUGUUGAUGUCUGAAAAUGAAGAUAUCCUGCUUUUGGCAACCGAAAGAGAUUCACAAUUUGUUUUCUAUAAUCUGAGAGAUAAUAGAAAUAGAUCAUACUCAUGGUUUCGAUGUCGGCUCACAUAG